CACGAGGCUGAAAGAACAGCGGGAACAACUCUCGUACUCUUCGUCCUCUUUUCAGUCGGUCUGUUUCACUUGAGCCGUUUGCAUCCUUCUCUUAUGGUGCUGAAGAAGCCAUCUUCAGAUUUCAGGAAGUCUUGCUUUGUGACCAACGCUUCUCGCCUCCUAUCAGUGCAGUAAGGAGUCCAGCAGAUGGAGGGGAAGCAGAAAUUCCAGCAGGAAAUCAUUCUGCUGGUGGUGGUGGUGAUGCUGACGUCAGAAGCCUUCCUGCUUUCUCCCGUUGCCGAAAUAGUUCAGCCCUCGGGUCAGCCCUUGGGUCAGCGAAACGUCUCCUUCUCUAACGAUACCUUGAUGGGCGCGUUCCUUACGGCUCCCAAUCUGACGUUUAGCCGUGAUAGUGCUACGCUUAUCAGAUUCGGAUUUGAUAACUGUAAAUGCCGAGCUGUCUGCUUCACCUUGGGCUCAGAGUGCAAAGCCUGGUCUUUCAUCGAAGGGGAGGGGGAGGCCUCGGAAUGCCGAACCAUCAACAGAGGUCCAGAGACAACCAACCUGAUCAACAUGACUAGUGCAACUUACUUCUUCAGAGACUCAAGUGUCGGAGGAUUUUACACUUGGGCACCGGACCACCUCCUUUACGUGGAGCUGGAGUACGUUUAUCGCUUUCAAGAUGCCAAAGAACGGUGUGCAAAGAUUCCAGGCCACAGGCUGACCAUCGCCCAUUCUAAUGAUACCUACGACUUCUUCAUUCACUACAAGUCACGCUACGACCGUACUUACUUCUGGGCAAACCUCAAAAAGACGGGCUCACGAGAAGCCCAGUGGGGAGACGGAACCAAUGUCACACAUCAGCCAAACUUUGUGGAUAUGAGUGGUGGAGACGUCGAGCAAUAUUUUGUUGGCAUCACCGGACAAUAUAUCUACGACAUUCCAGAUGAUGGUCGUGCAGUUCUUUGCCAAGCAAACCCUCUUGGAAUAGAGUGGUAAAGAAUACGACGAAACAAGUCUGGGUGAAUACAAGCAGAGAAGUUCUGAUCAAAUUGGAGGAUGAGGGAGGAGAUCUUCGCAUGAUAAAUGGGUCCUACCUCAGGAAACACGAAGCCAAUGGUCGAACAUCGGCUGUUGGUUGUACAAGAUGGACCUUUUACCUUAUGCACUGUUAUUAUGAGGUCGAUGUUACUUUAAAUUUGUUUAUGACUUUCAUUAGAUAGAGUGAAAAACUUGGCUAUUAUCCGAAGAUAGUAAUAAAACUAUAUUGUUAAUUUCGAGUUAACAUUGAUGUUCUUAUUCAUGUAUAGAAGAGUAUAAUUAAGCAAUUAUAUUCAGAACAUUUACAUUUCGCAACUGGGAAAACAUUUGCCUUUGGAACACUUCGGCAGACUCAGCUGUUUUGAGGUUAAAGGAAUAUUUUUAGCAUUCAGUUUGUCCAUUUAGGAAUAAUAGCGAACUCACCAAAAUACUUGAAUAUUAGACUCAAUUAUUCAUCAUGAGAGCACUAAAGCCACGAGAAUAUUACAUGGCGAGUCUGGUCUUCAUUAGACACUAAAGGUUUUCCCUUUCUCUCACUUUCUUGUUAUAAGACUCGUCCAGCACCAUAUUCUUUUUCCACUGACUUUGGAUGAGAAAGAGUGAGAAAAAGACGAGUCACUGAAAGACACUCACCUACAGCAUCUCCUCUGUAAAUGGGGAUAAAUAUUUGUCUUAGCUCGACUCGACCAAUGGAAAGAAAGGUAAUAAGGGAGACUAAAUUACAGGCACUAAUCUGGGGUUGGGGGGCAAAUGACCCUCUGCCCCAAAGAUCCACUGCAGGAAAAAGGACCCCACCAAAUCACGUAAAUGCGCUACAGAUAUUAUCACAAAUCCAUCUCGACUGAGAAGUCACAAGAGACGGACCUCACGGCUGUGAAAUAGUCGUCUCUGUUAGUAAGCAAGAGUCCAGAAGUCGACAUCAGGCCUCUCUUCCCCUGAAACAACGAACCAUACUUGCGGGUUCUUUUAGGACUCUUGCUGACACAAAUCCAGCCAAAUGAAAACCAGGACCCCAGCAAACCAACCGCAUUGGAUCAUCAUACUUGUAGACCCCUUAGAAAUGGGAAGAGUGCUUUCCGAAAGCAAACGAUUUUAUUGAAAAAAAAAAUUACUCUCUUUUUCUCUGUAACGUCUGAAAUAUAAAACGAAAGCCACAAAAAAAAAAAAA